AUGGGCAGAGUACAAGAGGCAUGCAGAGGAGUUCAUAUGCGCGUGCAUUCAGAGAGGAAGCUACAACGUGAACCGGACGCCCGGUGGCUUGCUCUGCACGCCUCCCUCAACUGCCCUGCCGGCUCUGCUACCCCAUCUGAUCUCAUUGCCUCUAUCAAAUCACAGGUGGGUUAUAUCUUGGGGGUUUCGAACCUGAUAAACAUGAGUUACAUGGUUGGAUUCGGAAACGGAGGAAAUUAUCCGAAGCAGAUUCAUCACAGAGGAGCAUCAAUGAUAUCAAUCAAGAAGGACGCUAUACCUGUGACAUGCAAAGGUGGCUUCGAGGAAUGGUUCCACAAAAACGCGCCCAACCCCAACGUGCUGGACGGAGCCGUUGUGAGCCCACAACUGUGA